AACCUGAAAAUCAAAAUGCAGACUUCACUGUUUAUCUUUGCUUUAUGCUUGGCUGGCCAGGCCUACGGGUUUGAAAGCUGUGAGGAGUGCCUUGAUGUUGUUGCUCUUAUAGGAAACUGGACCCAUGCUGCUGCCGACAACAUUGCUAAUUACCUUGAAGAGGAAUAUUGUCCUACUGUAGAGGAUGAAGAGUGUGCUAUGCAUGUUAACGAGAUGUAUCCAACUAUGCUGGAGAUGAUUGCUGAGGAGUUUAUUAUUCUAGAUGCUGUCAGAAUCUGUAACCACCUGAAGGCCUGUGACCUGAAGGAAAGAAAUCCAAUGCUCAAGGAGAUGACCUGUGACGACUGCAAGCAUUAUUUAGAGGAAAUAAAGCAUAUACUCACCAAUAAAGAAACUGUAACAGAAAUGGAACAUUGGCUGGAACGUCACUUCUGCACAGAUGAUAUCCCCCACUGCCCGAGGUUUGUGAGGACCCACUUCUACCCAAUGCAUGAAAUGGCAAUUCAUUACUUCCUUCACCCCAAAGACAACUGCAAUGGACUGGGAUACUGUGAAAAUUAAAAUUGAUUAAUUAAUUGAUCAAAAGUGGUAAUGUUACAUUAAACUGAACUGUUCAUGGACUUUAAGACAAUUUGAAUUUUGUUUAAAA